AAAGAGCGAGUGCCACUACUGGUUAUACUGUGUUAAGACCAUGGGUUCACCUUUCUUUUUGCACCAUGUGCAAGAGUGCAAGAUGGCAGCUACUAGGAAUAAAUUAGAGGAUUGCGAGGUAUGCGGCGCGGCCAAGGCGCAGUACACCUGUCCGAAAUGCGAGGUUAGAACCUGCUCUCUCACGUGCGUAAAUGUUCACAAGAAGGAACUGGAGUGCAACGGGAUCCGGGAUAAGACCAGAUUCAUCCCUAUGACGUCAUUCACCGAUCUGGAUUUAUUGAGCGACUACCGCUUUCUCGAGGAAGUUAACAGAUCAGUUGAUACAAAGAAAAGAAAUCCAGAGAUGAAGUACACGCGUCAAAUUACUAAUCUACCAGUGCACCUGCAUAAGCUGCGAUGCGCUGCGUCCUACAAAAAGGUGUCGCUGUUAUUUAUGCCGCAGUUCUUCAGCCGGCACAAGGAGAACACUACGUAUCUGAACUGGAAGACCAACGAAUUGUUCUGGCGUCUGGAGUGGAUUUUUCCACUAGCUGAAAAUGUAGAGUGCAUAGUGGAGAGAAAUCUAGACAGCGUAAGAUUGUCAACAUUGCUGGAACAGAUUUUAGAUCCGGUCUCUUCGACGGACGGGACUGACAUCGAAAAAUUGAACGGCAGACUGUUUUUAGCCGAUAAACUGCAAUUUUAUAGAGCAGCCGGGUUAAGUAACAUUAAAGUUUUUCUGAAAGCCGAGAAAAUAAAGAAGGCAAAUUCUAGGUUUUACGAUUUGGAUCUUACGCUUACGUUGAGAGAAAAUUUGGAGAACAAAACUAUAGUGGAGUUUCCAACGUUGCAUGUCGUUACAAAGGAUCACUCGAAUGUGUACGAGAUUAUAGACACCGAUGAGGAAACCAGUGAUGCAGAGUGCACAAAUUACAGUGCUAGGAAAAGGUACGGUAAUGAUAAUGGGUCUGAUAAAAAGGUCGAGCCAGUAAAUUAUUUCUUCAACGAUUUCUCCGGUUCCGAUGAUGAGAAGACAGACACCAAACCAAAGAGGAAACGAUCGCUUGAUAUACCGAAUUACGAGGACUUGAUAAAAAUGUGAAAAUUACCUUCGUUACAAAUAGUUAUACGUGGAUAUUUUGUUAUUGUAAAUACAUCACCAUUAUAGUUUUAAUACAGAUGAAAUACAUACAAAUGUAGUAACAUUAA